AUGGCUGCCUUCAACCUUACACUCAACAGGGUGGUGAUCCAGGAGGCCUCUCCCUCCGGCCACGCUCCGGGAUCGCUCUGCCGGCCCCUCGGGGGUCUCCAGGCCUGCUCCGUGCGCCCUCCGCCCCUCCGUUCUGCGUCCGGGCCCCGUGCGCAUCGGCGUCUCCCGGCCGACCACCGUCCCGCGUCUGCCUCCGGCCGCGGGCGAACCCGAAACCCAGGCGCCGGCACCCGUUGUCAGCCGGAGCGCUGCGAGCAGGGACAGCGGCGGCGGCGGCGGCGGAACGGAAGGGAGGGGAGGGGCCCGCUGCCCGGGGAUGCGCCUUUCCGGCCGCGCUCCCCGCCCGGCGCCCGCCGUCCUGCCGCUACGCGGCGCUGCGCCGUCUGGUCCCGUGCGUUCCGCUCUCAGGCUCGGGCGCUGGGGGCGCCGUGGUGCCCGGGGCCUUGGGGGCCUGUACCUUCGGCCCGAGGGCGGAGAGAGCCCGGAGGGCAGCGUGACAGCCCCGGGAGCCGUGUGCGAGGGACGCCGGCUCCGGAGGCGCCGCCUCGGGGCUGCUUCCCCUCCUCGGGCGUCUACCCAAGGCGCGCGGUGCGCGAGGGCCCCGAGGCAAAGGGCGCCGGGCGGGCGGCGCGAGGAGGGAGCAGAGCUGAGGAGCGUGGGCAGCGCAGAGCGCCUGCUAAGCCAGCAGCCGGUGCUGGGGGAGCACGCAGGGACGCUUGACCGUGGCCGGAGAGGUUCAGAGUAUUCUUCCUGGAAAAAAGCCGGCUGAAACCUGAAGGGGAGGUCAAGGGCUGGACUUGAGCAGGCAAGACAAGGAGCUGCGGCCUUGUCGACAGUACGGAGAACUAUAACACCUGAGACGAAAUUCCGCCUUUCAUCUGUGCAGGAGUUGGGCUGGUUCGGUCAAGGGCAGCGUCGAGGCGGGACAAGAAAUAAUAUCCAAAGAUAUUUUGGCACUAACAGCAUGCUCUAAAGAUAAGCAGUCUCUUCCAACUGGUGAGAUCUCCAAGGAAACAGAACCAAAACAGUGGAGAGGAAAAUACAAAAAAAAAGUUUAAUAUUAUUAAGGGCAUGAAAUUUGAGUCAAACACAGUAAAUGGACAAACAAUAAAAUCAUGAAACAAAAGACAA